AGUUGAGGCAGAAGUGUCGGUGUGCCGCGAGCGCGGCGGAGCCCCAUAUGUUGAGGAUUUUCUUCUUUAUUUAUUUUUUAUUUUUUUCUUCCCCCCUGUUCGAAAGUUUGGGGAAAAAAAAAAAAAGAGAGACUUUGAAGUAUUUUGUUUAUACUAACAGAAGAGAAAAGUUCUCCUAAGAAAAAGCUGGUGGCAGGAGUGUAGAGGAGUAGCAUAUGGCAUUAAAAGGAGCACAGCUGGAGGUAGCAUUUCCAUCUGAACAUGAUGUCAGAGCAGCUGACAGCCUGCCAUCCCUCAGCCUUUUAUUCUAACACACAGACAGGGAGUUAGUGUGUGCAGAUCUGUGUGUGGAGAAGGUAUCUCAUUCCUCUCUAACAUCAUCUCCACUUUGCAUCUGUCUCUCCCAGUCUGCUUUUUUUCCACCGAUCUAACAGACCUGGAGCCAGCGAGACUCAGAGGAAAGGACUUAAUCAGGUUUAUGUGUACUAAAGGUUAUGAAGACAGCAUGGAGUUUCCUGACCACAGUAGACAUUUGCUACAGUGUCUGAGCGAGCAGAGACAUCAGGGUUUUCUUUGUGAUUGCACUGUUCUGGUAGGAGAUGCCCAGUUCCGAGCGCACAGAGCUGUACUGGCUUCAUGCAGCAUGUAUUUCCACCUCUUUUACAAGGACCAGCUGGACAAAAGAGACAUUGUUCAUCUGAACAGCGACAUUGUUACAGCCCCAGCUUUCGCUCUCCUGCUUGAAUUCAUGUACGAAGGAAAACUCCAGUUCAAAGACUUGCCCAUUGAAGACGUGCUAGCAGCUGCCAGUUAUCUCCACAUGUAUGACAUUGUCAAAGUCUGCAAAAAGAAGCUGAAAGAGAAAGCAACCACGGAGGCAGACAGUACAAAAAAAGAGGAAGACGCCUCAAGUUGUUCAGACAAAGUGGAAAGCCUCUCCGACGGCAGCAGCCACAUGCCAGGAGACUUGCCCAGUGAUGAAGACGAAGGAGAAGAUGAAAAAUUGAACAUCCUGCCUAGCAAAAGAGACUUGGCGGCCGAGCCUGGGAACAUGUGGAUGAGAUUGCCCUCAGACUCAGCAGGCAUUCCCCAGACUGGCGGAGAGGCAGAGACACACGCAACAGCAGCUGGAAAAACAGUAGCCAGCCCCUGCAGUUCAACAGAGUCUUUGUCCCAGAGGUCUGUCACCUCCGUGAGGGAUUCAGCAGAUGUUGACUGCGUGCUGGACCUGUCUGUCAAGUCCAGCCUUUCAGGAGUUGAAAAUUUGAACAGUUCUUAUUUCUCUUCGCAGGACAUGCUUAGAAGCAGCCUGGUUCAGGUGAAGGUGGAGAAAGAGGCUUCCUGUGAUGAGAGUGAUGUUGGCACUAAUGACUAUGAUAUGGAACAUAGCACUGUGAAAGAAAGUGUGAGCACUAAUAACAGGGUACCGUACGAGCCGGCCCAUCUGGCUCCGAUGAGGGAAGAUUCAGUCUUGAGGGAGCUAGAUAGAGAGGACAAGGCAAGUGAUGACGAAAUGAUAACUCCAGAGAACGAGCGAGUCCAGGUGGAAGGAAACAUGGACAGCAGCUUGCUCCCUUACGUGUCAAACAUACUUAGCCCCGCUGGCCAAAUUUUUAUGUGUCCUCUGUGCAACAAAGUCUUUCCUAGUCCCCACAUUCUGCAGAUCCAUUUAAGCACGCACUUUCGAGAGCAGGACGGGAUCCGCAGCAAGCCUGCUACCGAUGUCAAUGUCCCCACCUGCUCACUGUGUGGUAAGACUUUUUCUUGCAUGUACACCUUGAAACGUCAUGAGAGGACUCAUUCAGGUGAAAAGCCCUACACUUGCACCCAGUGUGGGAAGAGCUUCCAGUACUCCCACAACCUGAGCCGCCACGCAGUGGUUCACACGCGGGAGAAGCCACACGCUUGUAAGUGGUGUGAGCGCAGGUUCACGCAGUCCGGAGACCUUUACAGACACAUUCGGAAGUUUCACUGUGAGUUAGUGAACUCAUUGUCUGUCAAAAGCGAAGCACUGAGCUUACCUACUGUCAGAGACUGGACCUUAGAAGAUAGCUCACAAGAACUUUGGAAAUAAAAUUUUUAUAUAUAUAAAUAAUAUAUAUAUAAAUCUAUAUAGUUGUGGUACAGUCUAAAAGCAAUCUUGUUUCCUUGAACUGAAAGUUUGGCUAUUAGCUUGUUUUUGCACUUUAAGGCAGCAUGAAUAUUUCACUAAUUUAGCACUCUGAUAAAACGGAACUUUAGAGGUAACGUGGUGAAGUAAUAAGCAUCGGAGCGUAUUUUUUUCCCCCCUUUUUUGGACUAGAAGCCAGCAGAUACUUUAAUUUUAAAGAAUCUCCAAUUUGAAAAUGUUGACAUGGCUUUGUUCUCCCCAAAACGCUGCGUUAUUUUGAGCUCUAGAUAAUUUUCCUUUCAAAAUCUGAAUGUAGAAAUCCUAUCCCCAAUUGUAUCAGAUCCUUUACAUUUAUUUUUUUUCAUUAUUUUCUAAUUGCAUGAGUCCUUUCUAGCUGUUGGAAACCUGAAUGCUUUUAGACCCAAAUGGAAAAUUUCUGAAAUGCUGGAUUAUCUAUUUUUAAACAAGCGGUUGACUUAAAACUUAUUAUGGCAACUUCUGGAUUUCUGACAGUUCCCACUGGAAAAAAUAAAAAUAAAAUAAAAACACAAAAAAAAAAACAACAAAAAAAUCAACAAAACAAACAAAAAAAAACCAACAAAAAAAAAAAAAGCAAAAAAAAAACAACCAACCAACAACAAAAACCACAAAACAAAAACCCUGAGAGUACACUGGGAUCACUGGGACUCUGUCUUAUGUGAAGGUUUGCUUGGGAUGAAAAAGGAUAUUGCAGCUUCAGCAGUGAUGAACUGUGUGUUUAAAAAAUGUGAAUUACUGUUAUUGUAUACUGUAAUUGAUUACAUGGGCCGGGGGGAGGUAUCAAAGAACUUGGCAGGUUGUGUUGAUGCUCUUAGUUGAGUCUUGAAAAGUAAAUAUUAACGCUACAGAAAUGCAUGAGUUUCAGUAUAUUUUUGUCUUUGUUUGCAUUGUAUAACUUUAAUGAGUGAGUUUAAAAUUAUUUAAUUUCCUUAGGAAAAAGCACCGUUGAAAACGCCGGUGUUAUGAAGAACGUAAAUGCAC